UAUAAGCCAGGCAGCAGCCAACCUGCCAACACUUACUGACACUCACUCAUCUCACAGAGAGAAAGAGAGCGAGAGAGCGAGAGAGCGAGCGAUCGAGAGAGAAAGAGAGAGAGAGAGAGAGAGAGAGAGAGAGAGAGAGAGAGAGAGAGAGAGGAGAAUAUCUACCAGGAAAGAGAGAGAGGGGGAGGAAGUCCAGUUUUUGCAAACUAUUCAUUUUUUCUUUUUCUUUUUUUCCCCCUGCCUUCCCUGCACAGUACUCUAAAGAGAGAGGAUCAUAACAUAGGCAUCCGGGGGGGAAAAGGGAAUUUUUUUUAAACCACCAAAAAAGAGAAGCAGAAAUCCCUCGAGGAGUUUUACUGGAAGAAAAAAAAAACGGGUCUGAAAGAUUCCUCCUCUCCUCUUCAUCAUCAUCAACCAUCAUUCAUUCACUACCUUGACAUUCCCUGGCUUUGAUUGACAGCUGGAGUGGCAAAAAGCCAUGAGACACGACAGUUUGGUUACAUGUGGGCUGCUGACGGGCCGAUCGUAACCUUCAGAUCGGGGGCUUGACAAAUUUUUUUCGUCUUCUUUUUCUUUUUCUUUCUUUCUUUUUUUUUUUUGUUUUGUUGUUGCCAACAGAAGGGAAGAGGGGAGAAAAGGGGGAAAAGAAGAGAGGAGGAGGAGGGGGAGGAGGAGGAGGUGGAGGAGGAGGAGGAGGAAGAGCAGGAGGAGGAAGAAGAAGAGAAAAAAAGAAAAAGAAGAAAUAUCAAAGAAAAAAUCUCUUCGUUGUUUUGCCUGGGCUUAAUUUUUUUUUUAAUUGGAAAAUCAGGAGAAGUCUCCUUGGUUUGGGGGGAAAACCCAAGGAAUCUUCAACCUAAAUCACUUUCUUAACCGGACUGGGAUAUUAAAUAUACGACACAUCCAGGAGUUUAUUGGAGCGCAGACUGAUGGCGCAAAGGUACGAUGAGCUUCCCCAUUACGGCGGAAUGGACGGAGUAGGGGUGCCGGCUUCCAUGUACGGAGACCCUCACGCUCCACGGCCGAUCCCCCCGGUUCACCACCUGAACCACGGGCCGCCGCUCCACGCCACUCAGCACUACGGAGCCCACGCCCCGCACCCCAAUGUCAUGCCCGCCAGCAUGGGAUCCGCUGUCAAUGACGCCCUGAAGCGGGACAAGGACGCAAUUUAUGGGCACCCGUUGUUUCCUCUGUUAGCUCUGGUCUUUGAGAAGUGCGAGCUGGCGACCUGCACUCCCCGGGAACCCGGAGUGGCCGGCGGAGACGUCUGCUCCUCCGACUCCUUCAACGAGGACAUCGCAGUCUUCGCAAAACAGGUUCGUGCUGAAAAACCACUUUUUUCCUCGAAUCCAGAGUUGGACAAUUUGAUGAUACAAGCAAUUCAAGUACUAAGGUUUCACCUUUUGGAGUUAGAAAAGGUCCAUGAGCUGUGCGAUAACUUUUGCCACCGGUACAUUAGCUGUUUGAAAGGGAAAAUGCCCAUUGACUUAGUUAUUGAUGAGAGAGACGGCAGCUCCAAAUCUGACCAUGAAGAGCUCUCAGGAUCUUCCACAAAUCUAGCUGACCAUAACCCUUCAUCUUGGAGAGACCAUGAUGAUGCAACCUCAACACACUCAGCAGGCACCCCAGGGCCCUCCAGUGGGGGCCAUGCUUCCCAGAGUGGAGACAACAGCAGUGAGCAAGGGGAUGGUUUAGACAACAGUGUAGCUUCACCUGGUACAGGUGAUGAUGAUGACCCAGACAAGGACAAAAAACGUCAGAAGAAAAGGGGCAUCUUCCCUAAAGUAGCAACAAAUAUCAUGAGAGCAUGGCUCUUCCAGCAUCUCACACAUCCAUAUCCUUCAGAGGAGCAGAAGAAACAGUUAGCCCAGGACACAGGACUUACAAUUCUACAAGUAAACAACUGGUUUAUUAAUGCCAGAAGAAGAAUAGUACAGCCUAUGAUUGACCAGUCAAAUCGAGCAGGUUUUCUUCUUGAUCCUUCAGUGAGCCAAGGAGCAGCAUAUAGUCCAGAGGGUCAACCAAUGGGAAGCUUUGUGUUGGACGGUCAACAACACAUGGGAAUCCGGCCUGCAGGACCUAUGAGUGGAAUGGGCAUGAAUAUGGGCAUGGAUGGGCAAUGGCACUACAUGUAACCUUCAUCAUGUAAACCAAUCGCAAAGCAAGGGGGAAGUUUGCAAAGCAUGCCAGGGGACUACGUUUCUCAGGGUGGUCCUAUGGGUAUGAGUAUGGCACAGCCAAGUUACAAUCCUUCCCAGAUGACCCCACACCCUACUCAAUUAAGACAUGGACCCCCAAUGCAUUCAUAUUUGCCAAGCCACCCCCAUCACCCAGCCAUGAUGAUGCACGGAGGACCCCCUACCCACCCUGGAAUGACCAUGUCAGCACAGAGCCCCACAAUGUUAAAUUCUGUAGAUCCCAAUGUUGGUGGACAGGUUAUGGACAUUCAUGCCCAAUAGUAUAAGGGAACUCAAGGGAAAACAAACAAACACAGAAACUAUUUUAAGACUUUUGAACUUUGACCAGAUGUUGACACUUAAUAUGAAAUUCCAGACAGCUGUGAUUAUUUUUUACUUUUGUCAUUUUUCAUCACGCAACAGAGGACCAAUGCAACAAGAACACAAAAAUGUGAAAUCAUGGGCUCACUGAAACAAUUCUGUCCAUGUAAAGAUCCUCUGGAAAAAGACUCCGAGAGUUAUAACUACUGUAGUAUAAACCAUAGGAACUAAGUUAAACUUGUAUAUUUCUGUUGAUCACUCCGUUAUGUUGCCUCAAAUAGUUUUAGAAGAAAAAAAAAAAUAUAUCCUUGUUUUCCACACUAUGUGUGUUGUUCCCAAAAGAAUGACUGUCUUGGUUCAUCUGUGACUUCACUAUCCAGGAAAUAUUAUGGCAUAUAUUAAACCUUUUGGGCCAUUCAGGAAAGAGCUGCCCUGGAGAUGAACGAUGAAAGUUUUGCUGGACUUCAACUACUCAGUAUCCAGCUUCAAGAAUGUGUUUCCAUGCCCAGCUUUUGUUCCUUCAUAAAUGUGUCCUUUAGUUUCAAAACAGAUCUUUAUAGUUUGUGCUUCAUAAGCCAAUCCUUAUUAUUUUUUUUGGACUCUUCUUCAAAGAGCUUGCCGGUGAAGAUUUAAAGACAAAGCAGGAGCUUCUUCCAGUAGUUCUGAGCCUUGGCUUUGGACAAAACAAACUUAAGUUGGGCAGCUUUCCUCAACAACAAAAAAAGUUAUUAAUGGUCUUUGUACCAAACCUAGAACUUUAUCAUAAACUCAAAGCUUGGGGAAAAAAAGAGCAAGAGAAUACUGUAACAAACUUCGUACAGAGUUCGGUCUAUUAAUUGUUUCAUGUUAGAUAUUCUAUGUGUUUACCUCAAUUGAAAAAAAAAAAAGAAUGUUUUUGCUAGUAUCAGAUCUGCUGUGGAAUUGGUAUUGUAUGUCCAUGAAUUCUUUUUCUCAGCACGUGUUCCUCACUAGAAGAAAAUGCUGUUACCUUUAAGCUUUGUCAAAUUUACAUUAAAAUACUUGUAUGAGGACUGUGACGUUAUGUUUAAAAAAAGGUGUUAAGUCACAAAAUGCGGUAAUAAAUAUUUCAUUUUUGA